AUGUAAUAAUAAAAAGAAUAUAUUCCAAUAGUUUUAAUUGAAGAUAAGAUUAAAUAAUAGAAAUUUGAAACGGAAUUUACAGAAGAAAAACUGCCUUUAAUUGAAUCCGUAAUUCAAACAAACAAAAUCAGUACCCAAAUCAUAAACUCAAGAACCUCCCCCAUUAAAAAUAUUAUCCCGAAUGGCCUCAAGCCCAUUGUUUUCCCAAACAUUCUCUAAAAAACCAAAGAUGAUAUGAUUAAAUUGAGAAAACAUUAAUUGGCUUAAUUGAACUUUGAGAAUGAUUAACCUCCAAUUACAAUGAAUAUUAAAACAACCAGACCCAGAAAAACUGAAAGGGAUAAAUCCACCCAAAAAAUGUAUACUUAGGCUUCAAAGAAUUCUUGCAACAAACCCAUAAUAACCGAACUAACCACUCUUGCUAGAGACAAUUAUAGUGCUUCUCCAAGGUCAGACUCAUUCAAAUUUAGGAGUUUAAGCCCAGAUAUUGAAAGUUAGUUAUGGUAAGUUAACAACAAAAUAAAUCGAAUUAAUAAAGCUUACGAAAUUAAAAAAGAAAUCCAUCAUUUAGAACGCUUUAAGACUUAAUGGAAGAUCGAUGUAGUCUAAUAAACAUUACAAUAAAAAAUAGUUCAAGUGGGAUUAAACACAAAGAAAGGGUUAAGAUCUAUUUUCAUUUUAAUCUAUUUACCGCAUUCGAAUAUUCAUUUGAGAAGUUCCUAAACUGAAGCCAAAUAAAUAACAAAUGAAGUGGAAUUAAGUGUAUUCCCCUAUUUCACACCAGUUUAUGAGAAGAUAAUUAAUGAAAAAGAAAUUAGUGAAAAUUACAAAGAAUGGUUCUCCUAUUUUCUUGAUAUUCUUCAUUACAAAAGCUACAUUCCUAAGGCCAGAACCUUUACUUUAGAUGGCAUUGAGAUUUCAGCAUUAAAUUAAAUCCCAACUUAUGAAAAGUUUUUGUAUAUCCAACUAUAAGGUUAAUUUGAUUUUUGGAGUAUUAUGAAAUAACAAUUAAGUCUAUCUGGUGAGUUUUAAGUUGAUAAAUAUCCAAAAUUGGCCAUCAAAUUAUUAGAUCUUAGGAAUAAAGAGGAAGUUCGCAGAUUUUUCAGUAAAAGGGAAAAUUUGUUGCCAUUUUAUUUUCGAUAACUUCAAGUGGGUAGUUAAACUUCAAUUCCUUCUCAAUAUUAUAUUGAAAUAGAAAAUAAUAUUAGAGAACCUGAUGAGGAGAUGUUCGAAUAAUCAAUCAUCUAGAUGAACGAAAAGGAAUAAGACACUUAUUUAAAAGUAUUGUAACAAUACAUUCAUUCGAAUAAAUCAAAAUAUUCGAAUAAAUUAAAGAAUUUAGAGGAGAACAUGAGAUAGCGAUUAAAGAAGAUCAAAGCCAUGAGGAGAUAGUCUAUCCAUAUCAAACUGAAGACAAAAAAAUUUAUUAGACCUGAGGAGGAAGAGCAUUUUGAGAGGAAAUUAUUGUAUGAGGAUGAAAAAUCAAUAGAAGAAAUUAAGGAGGAUGCUUAUGAUCAUAUAUUUCCUUAAAAUACACAUAUAUUUAAAAAGAAGUCUAAAUAAAUAACAUCAGUUGACGACCCUUUUGAAUCUCUCAGAGCCAAAGAUAACUAGAAGUUUAGGGAGAUCUUGCAAUUAAUUAAUGUGGAGAAAAUAGUCUUAGAAAAGAAUUUAUCAAGACAAGAUGUUUAUCAUUACUUGUCACUUUUUAAGGCUUUGAUGGAUUCAGAUGCUCCAUAGAAAAUCAAGGAUGUCAACUAUCCCACUCUCUUUAUUUCACUUGAUUAAUUACGCAGGGGUGUUCCGUUUAUCGCAUUGUACAAGAAUAAAGUUAAUACGAAGAAACUAGCAGAAGUGUACAGUAGAAAAUACAAUUAUUGCGAAUUCAUGGAAUUUUUGGAUAUUUUCACUACUGAUUACAAGGUGACAGAGGAGGAGUUGUAAGAGGUGGAGUAAGAAAUAAUAUAUUCUUAAUCGAAGAGCCAAACAGCAUCUUUUGUAUAAUAGAAUAAGCAGCUAUGAAUUGGAGAAUCAAAAAAUGAAAAAUAUAUUGAUAAAUCUUCGAAUUAAUUAAUUUUAAAACACCAAUAA